ACUUCAAAGAGCUCUCAAUUUCGGAAAAACUCAAGUUCCAGUCUCUCCCCUCCUUUUCUCUGACAAAUUAUGCAAUGCAUAAACCUUGACCUCCUGUACUCGCUUCCAUGAAUAUGAACACUUCAUAUUACUAGGCAAAAGAAAGAAAGUUAAAAGCAAAACAAAAAGAACUAUUCUCCUCCCAAUUUAUAUACUUAUUAUCAAAUCCUUGUCUUAAAUUGGGCCAGUGCAGCCAUGGUAUUCAAAGUUCUUGGCAGACUGAAUUUUAUCCAGCCAUGGAUGUUGCUUGAGAUCUUUCCCUUUAUUAGGAAGAUAGCAUGGAGUGACUUGGAGUUACGUGCAACGAUUCUACUCAGCCUUCUCAGUCAAGUAGUCCUCAUUCUGUUUGGCAACCGAAGAAAAUACAUAGUCAGAAAAUGGAUCAAAAUAUUGCUUUGGCUUGCUUACAUGUCUGCAGACUGGGCUGCUACUGUUUCACUUAGUGUCAUUUCCAGAAGCUACUCAGAUUGUACAAUAGAUAUAAGCUCUGUGAUGAUGGCAUUUUGGGCACCCUUUCUUCUUCUCCAUCUGGGUGGUCCAGACACAAUCACUGCAUUGUCUUUGGAAGACAAUGAACUGUGGCUAAGGCAUUCACUUGGUUUAGCUGUCCAGCUCUACUUGGCAUGUCAAAUCAUUCGCAGAUCCUGGAUAGGCACCCCACUUAAUGUUCUAGCAAUCCUAGUUCUCUUUGUAGGAGUAAUCAAGUAUGGGGAGAGGACUUGGAUUUUGUGGUCUGUAAGUAGUGAACAGUUCAGGGACUCCAUGCUUCGUGAUCCGGAUCCUGGUCCGAACUACGCCAAAUUUAUGGAUGAGCACAGCUCAAAACAGGCAGAGGGUUAUGAGGUUUCUGUCGAGCCACUAAUUGAAGCUCCUGCAGAAGUGGAGUUUGUUCCAAAUGCACCAAAGAACAGUAACAUUCCUAAUGCAACCAUAUUGAAUACUGCCCAUCAUUUCUUUGUCAAUUUCAAGCCUUUGUUUGCAGAUCUCAUUCUUAGGUACCUGGAUCGAAAAAAUAGUCAAUCCUUCUUCCAAGGCAGGACCUGGGAAGAAGCUUUCGAUGUGAUUGGAUAUGAACUCGGGUUUAUGUUUGAUACUCUCUAUACCAAGGCAAUUGUGAUUUAUACCUACACAGGCAGCUUUCUUCGUUUCUUCAAUUUAUCCUUCACCAGUUUUAUAUUUGUAGCAUUCUUGGUUGUUGAUAAGCAAUCUAAUUCACCUGCUGACAUGAUUAUUACUUACUUGUUAAUGGUUGGAGCUAUAGUCUUAGAAUUGUAUACAACAAUCACUCUGCUUUUCUCUGAUUAGACAAUGCUUUGGUUGAGUAGACACAUGAAUUCGCUCGUUGAUCUCACUUACCAAGGCAUCUCUUGGUUUCAGUCAUGGCUUCAACGAUUUCAUUUGGUGCCUACGAAUGAGAAAUGGUCUAAUUCCUUGGCAGGAUACAAUUUAAUAAGUUUUUGCCUGAUUAAAAGGCCAGCUAAAUGCAGUAAAGUGUACAAGUUCUGCAUUGAUAUGUUGCAGAGCUAUCAACAUUCAAAUUUACAGGUCAUACAAAAUGAUCUAAAGAUGUUUAUAUUUAACCAUCUGUGGAGAAAAUCAAAGCAAGCAUCAGAUUUCAUUCAGGGUUGUAAGCAGGCAUCAGAUAUCAUGGAAUAUUGUAAGCGAUUAUGUGCUCAAAGGGGAGAUCAAGUACUUCAAGAAAGGAGAUGUUUUGAUGAAAUUGGGUGGAGUGUGGAGUUGGAAUUUGAUCAGAGCAUUCUUCUAUGGCAUAUUGCCACAGAUCUCUGCUACUACUAUGAUGUAGAGAAGAAGCAAGUUAUAGUUGAAAGGCCAGAAUGUAAAGUAAGCAAAGCAUUAGCAGACUAUAUGCUGCAUCUUCUAAUCAAUUGCCCUUUCAUGUUGCCAAGUGGAAUUGGCAAGAUCAGAUUUCAAGACACCUGCGCUGAGGCCAUUGAAUUUUUCCAAGAAAGAAAAUUCUUUAUGGAAGGUGAUCUAGAUCAGACUAAAAAACUUAGAGUGAAAGCCUGCACCACAUUAAUCAAAGUUAACACUAAGAUCAAACCAUCUGAAGUGAAAGGUGACAGAAGCAAGUCAGUCUAGUUUGACGCUUGCAGGCUUGCCAAGUCUUUGCAGUCCUUGAAGAUGGAGGAAACAUGGCCAUAUGAGAAGUGGGAGAUGAUAAGUCAUGUGUGGAUAGAGAUGCUUUCAUAUGCUGCAAAUCAAUGUAGAUUUAAUUACCAUGCUAAGCAGCUUAGAGAAGGUGGAGAGCUGCUUACCCAUGUCUGGCUUCUGAUGACCCAUCUGGGCAUCAGUGAAAAAUUUCAGAUUACAGAAAGCCAUGAAAGGGUUAAACUGGUUGUGACUUAAGAUAGCUAGAUGAUAUUGGGAGAAAUAAACGACUUGAUUUGUUGUUCAAAACUAUUGGUUAUCAUUGUUUCUCUGCAAAUAAAUAUGUGGGUGCAGUAAAAAAAAGCAGUUGUUUAAGAGUAGCUUUGUGAUAUCUUUUAGGGGAUCUCAUAACAGGUUGAACAAGUGCGUCAGUGGCUUUAGCAUAACCUGUAAUUCAUUUUGUUAUUUUCAGAGUAACUAUGAUCUGUAAGGAUCAUAAUAAAAAUCCAAUUAUAUUUCA